UAAGCCAUACCAGUCUUUGCACGCAGUUAACGUCCAGUAUGCUCAAGUAGUACGUUCGGGAACUGACAUGCCAUCACAGGCGUCGUGCUUCACCGUCUCCAACCUGUACUACAAUCAAGCCAUCCUCAACCGCAUAGCCGAGGGGUUCGGCGUCACGUUUGAAAAAGCCUCGUCGGUCGCGACGCUCAUGCAGGCCGGCUAUGCGGGCGGUCUCUUGCUCCUCUGUCCGCUCGGCGACAUCUUCCCGCGGCGGCCGUUCAUCCUCGGCCUGGUGGGCUUCACAGCAACGAUUGUACGUACCUAAUCACCUUCGCUCCCUCCUUGUCCUUCCAUAACACGAUGUGACACCGUUAUUGACGAAAUCGACACCCGUCCUACCUUACCCAGUGGCUCGCGCUCUGCCUGACCACAUCCUUCACCACCUUCGCAGCCGUCUCCUUCCUGGCCGGCUUCACCACCGUGACGCCGCAGCUCAUGCUGCCGCUGGUGGGCGACCUGGCGCCGGCGGCGCGGCGCGCCAGCUCGCUCGCCAUCGUCGUCUCGGGCCUCUCGCUCGGCAUCCUGGUCGCGCGCAUCCUCUCGGGCCUGCUGGCCGCCUACACGCCCGGCUGGCGCAACAUCUACUGGUUCGGCCUCGGCGCCCAGUGGCUCGUGCUGGCCCUGCUCUACGUCGGCCUGCCCGACUACCCGAGCAAGAACCCCGGCGCCGCGUGGAGCUACGCCCGCGUGCUGGCCAGCAUGCUGCGCCUGGCCGUGACCGAGCCGCUGCUGGUGCAGGCCGCGCUGGUCGCGUUUCUGCUGAGUGCUGUGUUCACGUCGUACUGGACCACGCUGAGCUUCCUCCUGUCGAGCCCGCCCUUUGGGUACUCGAAUCUGGUCAUCGGGCUGUUUGGGCUGAUCGGCGUGGUGGUGAUCCUGGCGGCGCCAGUGUACAGCAGGCUGGUGAUCGACAAGGUGGCGCCGCUGGUGUCGGCUGUGAUGGGGGUGACGUUGGAGCUGGCGGGCGUUGUCGUCGGCACGUUCACGGGGUCGUAUAAUGUUGCUGGGCCGGUGAUCCAGGCCAUCGCUAUCGAUCUCGGCGGCCAGUUCACCCAGAUCGGCAACCGCGCGGCCAUCUACAGUAUCCAGCCCAACGCGAGGAACAGGGUGAACACUGCCUACAUGGUGUUCUCCUUUGCCGGCCAGUUGACGGGCACGGCGGUGGGCAACAGGUUGUAUGCUCAGGGUGGCUGGGUGUACAGCGGGAGCUGCAGUAUCGCGUUUACUGGUCUGGCCCUGGUCAUCUGCCUCGCUCGUGGUCCGAGGGAGACAGGAUGGAUCGGGUGGUCAGGAGGAUGGACAAUACGGAGAGAUGAUUUGCCGUCGGCGGAGAAGGGGUCUGAGAGUGAAGGAGUUGCUGUCGAAGAGGCGCUGGCAGGGACGACCGCUGCUGAGGGCGACCAGCAAAGCUCUGGGAGGAGUGGGAAGCUUCAAGCGUGUUGAUAGACACUAGAGAUUAAUCAUGCCCAGCAUCAAAUACUAGUCGCUAUCACUGCUGUGACUGUGACGCUUUUCUAUCAUACCAAAGCUAGGGGCUAGAAGAAGGAAAAGAAUAAGCUGACGCUGAGACGAGGAUAACAUAUCUCAUCAAGCGGGUGACAGG